UACGGCAAACGAUGCACGGACCAGUUCGGUACUACGAGAGAAAAUGAUGCCGGGCCGCGGCUUUUUAACACAAGAGCAAUGCAAACGACGAAAAGGCGCGUGAGCUGUAGCCGAGACCCGCGCGCGCUCAGACGGAAAGUAGACGUUAUUUCACGCGCGCCGUCUCCUCCGUCUCCAAAGCGCGGGACCGCCCGACUCCCGCCUCGACUCAAAAGCCGGUGCAGGAAGCACGCGGCGUCCUUUUCCUUUUCCGCGCAUGCGCAGUGCGCUCUCUCCAGAGCCCGUGCGGUCUAUCGCUGCGAACGAGCCACCAUUGUAUGAUGUCCAGCAAAAUCUCUGGCUCCAGGGUACGGGAAUUUGACUGUUUUACAAGAUUGAUCGUUGCCUAAUAUUGCUUACACCUGGGAGGCAGAUUGAAAGGACCUGAUGCUAGAAAUGGAGAAAUUGACCGAAAAGGCUAGUCUAACCUCCAUUUCACACUCGGUGUCUGUGGUUUUGAAGCCAUUUAAAAUGAAUGAGUGUGGCAUCAAUCAGGCAAACCAACAAGUUACAGUGUCCUCUGUUACACCAACCAUAAUCUCUACCCAGGACAACUACACGAGCAGUAACGUUCAAGUUACUCUGGAGAAUGAAUCGGUUUGGAGUCGGUUUCACAGCUUGGGCACAGAGAUGAUCCUCACAAAACAGGGUCGGCGCAUGUUCCCCUGCUGUCGUUUUAGACUGAGUGGAUUAGAUCUACAAAAAAAGUACUUUCUGGUUAUGGAGAUCAUGCCUUUAGAUGAUUUUACGCACAAAUGGAAUGGAAAGAGAUGGGAGCCGGUUGCAGUGGAUGUACCAAAUGUGCUGGCUCAGAUAAGUGUUCACCCGGAGUCCCCAGCCCUGGGCCAGCAAUGGAUGGAUAGUCCUGUGUCCUUUUACAAGGUAAAGCUGACCAGUGAUUCCAUUGACCAAGAGGACUGUGUGCUUUUGCGUCCAAUGCGCCGAUACUUACCACGACUGCAUAUUGUUCCUGUGGAUCCGGAAUCUGAAAAGACUGUUGCACUCAAUGGUCCAAAUGUUAAGAUCUUCAGCUUUCCCCAAACGGAGUUUUAUGCAGUCACCAGCUACCAGAAUCCCCAGAUCACUCAGCUUAAAAUUGACUGUAACCCUUUUGCAAUGGCCUUUAGAGAAGACACCCAGAGCAUUCGUCUGCUGAAAGACAAACUUGGGCUUUGCUCUUCUGUGGGUUCACCCUUCCAAUCUCCUCUUCUAAGUUUGGCCCGGGGUCUCGGCUUAAAGCGAAAAGAGGGUGCAGUGAAGAGCACAGCCUCAACCUGUAUUCAGAACAACAGAAAAAGAGAUCUUUAUCCAGGAUCGGUAUCUCUUGAAGAGGGAGAGGGGAUCUUUACAAAAAUAAGAAAUGACACUAAAUUAAAUUGCCCAAAUAAUAUACCUUUGUGCCAAGAGAAUACUGAUUACAAUAAGAAUAAUGUGCACAUGGCACCCUUGGAUGUGGAACCAUGUGUGACUGAGACUUUAGAAGAAACCUUGUCAAGCACUGAUGAGCCAUUACCUUCUAUAAGCAGCACUGAAAAUCCAAAUAUUUCUCAGACUUUUGAGGAUGCUGUUAACACUCAAAUAAAUGACACACACAGCGAAUCACCUACACAUUUUUCUGUGCCUGAAAUGAAUGAUGCAGGUUCCCCGCCCAGAUCACCUUACCUUAAUGAUAGUCAUGUACAGGUGCAUAAACCGGGCCAUCUGUGUAGACGUAAAUAUAAUCGUAGGAGAAGAAAAGCUAAAGCCAAAUGGUGGUCAAAAACAAAGUAUGCAAAACCCCUCCCUGCAGUUGUGCCACUUAAAGCUCCAUUGCAGCCAGACCUUGAAGAUGUGGAAGGAAUGUUGUUUGUGUCUUUUGUUGCAAAGGAAGCUUUAAAUAUUCCUGUUGAAAACAGAGAAGAAAGUGAACAAGCUCCACCUCUACUGUGUCCAACACAUGACCAGUCGGAAAAUCAUGAAAGUGAAGAUGUCAGUUUUUCUGUGAAUGAAAAAAUUGCCACGCUGGAGAAAAGUUUACUGUGUCAUCUAAAACAGCAAAAGCAUAGACAGGUCAUCCACCCAUGCCUUCAAGAUGUUGGCAUGAAGUUGAGCCUUCUGGAUCUGAAUUCAGUGAUAGACUUGCAGUACCUUGGUGUGCACUUACCCCUUCCUCCGCCUAUUCAUGAGGAUUUCGAUCAAAUUAAUCCUAUGAAACUUUCAUCUUCUCCUGAUGCAGCUGGAUGUUUUGUGUCUCGGACUGGAAAGACAAACGAUCCAACAAAGAUAAAAGGUUGGAGAGAGAAAUUUCAGGAUAACACAGUACAGAAUGCACAAGAAAUAGGCUUUAAAAACAGUUCAGCAUUCUGCAGUGAAAUGCUGGAUGAGUAUCUUAAAAACGAGGCCCAGCAGAUCAGCGAUCGUUUGGCUGUGUUUUCCAAAUGUUCUGCAUCGCCAGUAUCGUACCAGCUUCCUUCAAAAAGCAGCAGUUAUGUGGUCACCCUGGAUAGUUUACUUAAGAAUCGAUCUAUUUCGGCGAACAAGGUGUACAGCAAACCGACAGGCGAAAUCCUGCCCAAAUCUCCACUUAAAAGGUCUCCAAGCACCGCUGUACCUUUGUCUUCAGCAGGGUUUCAACAGAAGUUACACGGAAGCCGAGAAAAAGGAAGAAAGUUUGUGCAUUCAUAUCAAGCACAUCAACAUGUAGUGUCUAAAUUGCCAGGCAGGAGAUCCACAAGGUUUGUUUCUAAAAGUAGUAUGAGGAAACAACCUGGCAAAUCUCAGCUGACAUGGAACUCCAGUGCAGGGACAGGACGCCACCUCAAUAGUGUGCAGAGUCGUGUGAUAUCUGCAAAAAAAGGCACGAUGCUUCAGAGGAUCGAGGAAGAAGCAAUCUUUCUCGGUAAAGUUCGUACACACGUCACUACCAAGAGAGCAAACUUUGCUCUUACUUCUCUGUUUAAUUUCCAGAAGCCGCGUAGAAGGAGGUUCCCGUUUUACUAUAAAGAAAAGAAUGCAUGUCCUAAGGAUGUCUGUCUUUUGGGCUGCAUAUGUGAUAGCUUGGCCAGGGAAAUCCGAGGGCCUACACACUGUCGGAGAGUUGAGUGCAUGUUUGACUGCAGCUGUUUUAAGCACAAAGUUCUUCUGCUCCACCCUCCAAAAGAGACAGCAAAUAUUCAGCGGGGAAGGAAGAGAGCAGUACUGGCUUUUCCAAUUGCAGACCCAGAGAGGGAAUUUAGACCACCACCACCACCCAGUAUCACAACCUUAUGGAAAAGAACUGAAGGAAAUGAUGACCCGGAACCAUUAUUUGUUCCAGCCUCCCCCAUUUUUUCUAAAAAUGUGUCUCGUCAGGUGCAAGAGGAAGAUAAAGGUUUUGUGUAUCUGUAUUUUGAGAGUAUGAUGACAUGCGCUCGGGUGAGAGAGUACAACAGUAAUCCACCACCUCAGAUUCACAUGUUCCCAACCAAAAAGGAAAUAAAAGAACCUGAACAGCUUAAUGAAAUUGCUGAUGCAAAUAAACCACCAUCUCAAACAACACCAGAAAGAAAUCCAGCUGAGCCUAAACCCAUUAAACUGCUGGAAAUCCUGUCUGAGUGUAACUGGGAACCUCAUCGGAAUCUGGUGCUAAAUGCACUGUUCCGGCACAUGAACAGCGACCUCCUUUAUGAACCUUUCUGCUUUGGAAUGUACAAAAUACGACUUCUUUCUACUACUGUCAAAGGAGCAGACAGGUGCUUUACAAUUAUGUACAAGGUGUGCAUCUCCCGGGCAGAUGAAAAAGAGAUGACCAACGACUUGCAGCCGCAAGUGAAGAAGACCUCGAGAAACCAAUGUUUAAAAAAAGGUUUUAAAAACAAAGUUUCAAAAAUCUGUGAAACGCAAACUCAAAAAGCUGACACUGGUUCUGGGCAGAUAAGAAGUGCUUUGGUGGAAACACAACAACAAAAACCGUCACCCCAUAAGAGGUUAUUACGGGAUGUACCUUCCCUCACCCAUAUUGCUCAUGAUGGCCAUCUCAGGGCAGUUAAAAGCAAACCAGGAAUACACACCAAAGGUCUAAUUAAGGUAAAUGGCAAAACAUACAAUAGAGCAAAACUCCUGCUGGGCCAGUUGGGAGCAUUACAUCCAGUGAAUCGCUUUGCAGCUUUUGUCACUGGUAGGCACCUGUCUGUACCUCAAGAUCAAGAUAAAAUUGUAGAUGAAAAAGGCAAAGCCUGUCCUCCCAAAGCCCCUCGCAAGCCAAGCCUCUUAACGAAAGUGGGAAAUGUUUCAAAUCAAACACCUUCAAAUCGUGUUGUAGGCAGACCUCCUUUAGCUAAUGCACCUGGACCUAACCAUGCUUCCAAGAACAAAGGAGCAAUCAAAACUCCCUUGAAUGCGACUCCAAAACUAGUUGGUAAACCUCCCGUUGUGCCUGAUGGCUCAAGAUUUCUACUUGUACCAAUAUCACCUUCCAACUUUGUACCUGCUCCUUCAUCAGAAACUGCUAAUAGUUCCACCCUUCCACCUGGUCAGCAAGUGGUUCUACAGCCUGCACCUGGAAUGCCGGGGUCACACUUUAUAUGUCAGUACAAUGGCCAAAUGAUCCAACUAAAGCCUCUCAGCUCUGGGCCUGUUGCUCAGCCCAGUUCUGUCAGUGAAGAUAGUACUUCACAGAUUAUACAAACAGCUAAUACAUCUCUGCCAAAAGAAACCAAAUCUCUUCAAAAUCCUUUGACACAAAUGUUACCCAACCACUUCCCUGUCAUUCCACCCAAAGUGCUUUCUUUGUCAGCAAAAAGUGGCAUAAACAUUGCCAGUGGCACACCAGCUUUUAAUUUACAGUCAAGUUUUCCAGGAAAAACAGGGAUGUUCUCUUUUCGAAUAUGUCCCCCUACUAGUGAGGUUAAAUCUGUCGGAUCGGAGCAUGAUGGUAAGCCUCCCGACGCUUCUGUUUACAGUCCUACUCUGGCACUUCCUGGAGGUUUUACCUUGAUAAAACUGUUUCCCCCAGCUGUUCCUGCAAAAGUCACUUCAGCUGCUUCUCAUCGUACCGAAUUACCACAGAACCACGACAGUAUGACGAAAUCUCUCUCACAGAAUUUCUCCUCGAGCCGUGAACAAAACUGUCAAGUCUCAGAAAGCAUUAGCAGUACAUUUCUCCCAUCAAAUUGUAAUUCUGCACCACAGCCUACAGCUGAAAUAAGCCAGAGCAGCAAUGACUUUCCAUUAGAAAUUGCUAAUAAAGAUGAGCCUGUGGAACACUUCUCUGAAUCAGUACAUUUAGAGCCUUCAGGCAAGUAUGACUGGGUAUCUGAAGAUGCUGAGAUGGUGCACAAAAACAUCAGUAAAUCGGAACCUACGGAUGAUUGGCCACAAAAUGAAACAGAGCGAAUCUUGUGGAUAGACUCUGAUGAUGAAGAAGAGAAUAACGGCUUGAAUAAAGAGCCAAAGAAUUUGAAUGUUGCUCCUAAAAGUUCAGCAGCAGAGGAUCCAAGUGAAGACGCUUGUUCUAAAAGCUCUGAUGUUGACCAAAGUCAGUCUAGCAUGUCAAAUCAUGACCUAGAAAACGCCUGUGCUCUGAAUGUAAAUGCUAAAAACAACUUGAACACUGCAAAUAUUAACAAACAUGAGCAAACCUACAAUAAAACAGUUGCCAAUACUAAACUAUCACAUAUAUCCUUUGGCUCUUCUAAAAUGGUAGAACAAGAUAUGAUUCAAGGAAUGAAUUGUCCUCCAGUUGACAUUAAAAAUGAGCCAUACAGUGAACCACCAGAGAUGGAUAUGUCCGUUAACAAGCUUGACUUCAAGAACCAAGACCAAGUAGGACAUCGCACUUUAUGUAUUGGUAAAAUAGAAGCGUACAGCAAACAAGCAGGAAAGAAUACACUUCUCGAUCACUUUCUUACCAAGGAUCAAAAGCUUUUCUCUCAUGAUGAGGUCACUAAGCACCAUAUUGGCUCAGAGGAUAUUUUACCUAUUAUGAAUAAGGAAGAGACCAGUAUAAGUCAGAGAAUGGAAGAAUUUUCCAGUGACCUAAAGAAGCAAGGUUUGGGCUCUAAAAAUAGUUUUCAAAUUCGAAAUCAUAAGGAAAAUUAUAGUCCUGUCAAGACCUUGGCUUCACUGCAUGCUGGAGACAGUCAAGAGAAUAUUGACAUUGCUCUAUGCCCCUUACUGAAUAGUCAGACACCUGUGAUGAACACUCCAUCUACAACACAUCUGUUAAAUACAAAGCAGGAUUUAAAAGAGGAAAAGCGGGAAAUGACAAUUAGGACCGAGCGGUUUAAGUCUAAUACAGAAUUGCGAGAGUUGUCUGAUGAUGAAGACAUUGUUGUGGAUGUGAUAAACGUGAGUGAAAAUGAAGAUGAAGGUCCAACUGACAAGUUUGACCGAGACACGGACACUUCAAGUGAUGAUAGCGAGGAGGACUCAGACAGUGAUAAAGAGGAUUCCAGUAGUGUCUCCACCAGUGACAGUGACACUGUGGGUGUGUCUAGUGAAGAUGAUAUUGACAUUGAAUCAUUUGAGGACAGUGACGUAAAGAUCAUAAACACGAUGAAAAGCCAAACCAGACAUAAAAUAGACAAAAGGACAACAGCUAAAUUAACAGAACAGCAUUGUACGAGCGUCUUUAGCACAUCAAUAUGUGAGCAAGAAAAACGGCAAAAUCACACAGAAAAAGAGCGUGUUCGCCGCAGUGAAAUGCGUCAGCAAUUUAGUGCACUUGAAAAGGCACUAAAUGUUGACGGACGAGUCAGAAUGUGCAAGCAUGACAUUUUAAAUCAGGCUCGACUUGUGAUCCGGGCUCUUGAGAAUCGGGGCCAUUACUUGGAGAAUAAGAAAAAAAUCCUACAUCAGAGACAGUCUGCCUAUCUCAGCAGGAUUUUACUCUUAUCUGGAGAAAAGAGUGGUAGUGGUAAAGACAGUGCAUGCUUUGAAAUAAACUGCAAACAGCAAACGUGGUCAGAGUCCACACACAGUCUGCAAAGCUCGGCUCCAGGUCCUUUGGUAAACCUUCGACGACUAGACAGUGAUGGCAACAGACUCCCGCCUCGUCUUGGAUGCUGGAAAGCCCCUAAUUACAUACGCAAAAGAGCCAGAAAGGCUUUACUGCAGCCUUCUGUUACCACUACAGUGGUUGCAGAUAAGAAUUUAGACUCGCCUCUAAGUCCAGAUACGCAAGGCAGCCAAACUGUGAGCAGACCCUUGCCCUUGGAUAAAACAGGAAUGGGAUCAUUACCGAAGAUUGUGUUGCAGUCAUUCGGCAAUACUGAUGCUGUAAAGCUCAUGCAUGACAUACGGACACCUAGACCAAGUUCUACUGAAGUCUCCGACCCUGCGGAACUGAUAAAGGAUUGUAAUUUGGAUUUGCAAAACCAAAACAAAGAAGCAGAAAAAUGUAAUGCAACAAGAGAUGCUAAUGUAUUGAAUACUCCAGUAUCUGAGCACUCGAACAAAGAGAGUCCAAUUUUAACCUCAGCAAUCAUCGAGAGUGGCGUCAAAACGACCUCAUGGGAGCUGAAAAAGGACGAACAAGUGUCUGUAGCAGAAGUGAAAGUAAGGAGAAAAAAAAGAGCAAAGUGUGAUGUGGUCAUAGACGAGGAUUUAUCCAACUCUGAGGUCUUAGGACCCAGACAGCUAAGACAAAGAACACCUGUAGUUGGAGGGGCCACAUGGGGGAGUAUAAAAAAAAGAAGAAGAAGGAUUAUUUAGAUGUGUUGUUUUGACACUCCAGUGUAUUCACUUUUUCCAUUCAUAAAUAAUGUGCCUUUGAUUUUCCUUUUUUUUUUUUUAUUUCUAAAGAAACAGGAUUUGAAAGAAACUGUAGUUGCACAGCAUCUGCACAGAACUCAAGGACGUAGAGGAGAAAAGUUAUACCUCUUAUUUUAUGAUUGCCUGCUACAUUUGAUCCAACCUGUUAGAAGUGACUGCUUUUCAUUUUUAUGUCUUUUGAGGGCAGUGCAAAUACGGUAUAUGCUUGUGCCCAGACUCAAAAUUGUCAAGAAUACAGUAUCAUUUAAAUGAAAUCAUUAAAUUAAUGUAUGGUUAUUGCCGGUUAUCAUUUCCUAGGAGACCCAUAUUGGGGUAAAGUUACUAAUCUGCAUUUAAUUUUGGUAUAUUCAAUUUACAUGAAUUUUUAUUUGCUAGUGAGGUUUAAAAAAUGAAUUCCCAAUGUGUGAGGUUUUUUCAAUCAUGCCUUUUUUUUUUUUUUUUUAAGCUAAUCCUGUUGGGUCACAAAAAUAUUGCUUAAUAUCUGCCGGUAUAAAUUACUCAUGACCAACAGAUUGUGAGGAGAUGACUGUCAUCAGUAUAUGGGACUGUCAGUGUAUAAAAAUGACAUUAAAUAUAUAAAAACAUUUUAACGAAA